CUCACGGGUUAAAUUUCCCGAUCUACUACUACUCCUAUAAUCACUUCUACUCCUUUUGGUCGCUGCUGCGACAUUUAUCAUUUUUCGUUGUGACUGUCGGCAACACUUGCCAGGACGAGCUUGUAGGGACAGCUCUGGUAGCCUCCUCCUAUCCCCUAUCGCGAUUCCACCAAGGUCGCAGGGUGACGUGAUCGGCGAUCUCGCAAACAGCCAUUCCGAAUCCACUCUUCGGCAUUAUCGCACGCCGCGGAUACAAUUCCUCUCCACGCAGCCUUCAGAGCGUACCGAGUUAUCACCCAGCACCGCAGCUGAAGCUCUGUACCUGAUGCCCCCUAAACGCAAGCGGUCCCUCACUCUGUCCUCUACCACCACACGCUCCGCUAUGAAUAUCCCGCAGCCUUCCUCGCGGGACGCAUCAAGCGAAGAUGCCGAGGAUCUCGUUCUCCAGGAAGUCAUGUCCGAAAAGGAGCGUCGAGGCGAUUCACACGUCCCCUCGAAACGUGCGCGUCCGGCGAAAGCUAGUGGCGAGGAUGCCGACGACAACGAUAGCAGUGCAGAUGAAGGCGUAGCAAGAAAGAGCAGGCGUACAUCCAAUGGAGGUAAAAACGAGAAGGAAGCUGCAUACGAACGAGCAGAACAUGGAGAGAACGGUGAAGCCGGAAGCAUGCGGAUGCCCGAUCCACCCAGGGCUGGGUUGGUCGACCCCAAGGGCUACAAAACCAACCCUCCGCCUGUUGGACGACCAGUUCGAGUAUAUGCUGAUGGCGUUUUUGACCUGUUCCAUCUUGGCCACAUGCGUGCGCUGCAGCAGGCAAAAACGGCGUUUCCGGAUACCUAUCUCAUUGUUGGAGUCACAGGAGACAAGGAGACGCAUCGCAGGAAAGGUUUAACUGUGCUCUCGGCUAAGGAGCGAGCGGAGAGCGUACGCCACUGCAAAUGGGUAGAUGAGGUGGUGGAAGAUUGUCCCUGGAUCAUCUCGGAUGCCCCUGAGUUCAUCGAGAAGCACAAGAUCGACUAUGUUGCACACGACGAUAUUCCAUAUGGUGCAGAAGAAGGCGAUGACAUUUAUGCCCCAAUCAAAGAAAGGGGCAUGUUCUUGGUAACGCAAAGAACGGAGGGGUUGAGCACCACGGGCAUCAUUACAAAGAUCGUCCGAGACUACGAUCAAUAUAUUGACCGUCAAUUGAAACGUGGCGCCUCGCGUAAGGAGUUGAACGUGUCGUGGCUCAAGAAGAAUGAACUUGAGAUCAAGCGUAACAUGGCCGAGCUGCGUGACAGCAUCAAGAACAACUGGGCUACCACCGGCCAGGAACUUAGCCGAGACUUUAAACAUUUCUGGCAAAGCAGCCGACCCGCGAGCCCGGCUAGGACUCCCAUUCACGAGAAGGAGGAUAACGGCCUGUCUCCGACUGGUAGAUUAUCUCCGACGCAUGCAUCUGCUGCUUCUCCUGUAUCACGUCUCAGUCAUCUUGACAUUCCUCGCCACAAUCAGGAGAGAGGAUCUUCUGAAUUUGCCGCUGGUUAUAGUCUAGGAUUGAUAGGGGGUGUCCGCGCCUGGAUGGCCCGAAGUCGGAGGAAUCUGAACGACAGUAGGCCGGAGAGCCCAUCUGAAGAGGAAAGCUCUGAUGAGAAGAGCCUCAAAGAUGCGCCACGAGGUCGCAGUGGCAAACAAGGAGCGUCUGAGAAGAUGGAGGUUGGCGCCUGAGUUAGGUGACCAGGCCGUGUUCCCUCUUCUCCACACACCCACCGUGUCUGAGGGUUUCUAGAAUUACACAUCCACCUGCUUGAUCGCCUCUAGUCCAGGGCCUGAUCAACGAUGGUAGUAUUGGCGUUGGGAGUUUUCAUUUCUUUGGCUCGCCUCAACCCUUUGUACACCCAUUAGGCAAACGACAAAUGCCGUAACCCUUUCCAGCACACUGGUUGCCAACGAAGUGAAGUGCAUUUCCGCCUUCAGGUUCGCCUUGCCAACUUCAUUUGUACCAUCAUCGUCAUCUUUCGUUUCGCUCCGUUGCUCACUCCACAUUUAACACACAUUUUGUCAUAUCUGUGGGCAGCCACAUGGAUUGCCCCCUGCCCUACGCGUAACUGUCUAAUAAACACCACGAUGUCUUUUCA